CCAGGCCGAGUGUCUCGAGCUUGCGAGCUUUCGAGCAGCAGCCAGUCACCGGCUGCUGGGCCACGACCUCGCACCUCAUCCGGCGCGCGCUCACCCCUCGUAACGAGGUUAUCGUGGCCACGCUUCCUGUGUACUUCCAGUGUCUCGUUUUGAAUCCUGUCACGCGAAUCGCAACCAUUUUACCAUCGCGGAUCAAUUUUUUUUUUGUAAGUCAGUGUCGAACAGUGCCGAACUUCCUGUUUCGCGGGUUCACGACGUAAAACAUUUUGGACAAUAGUGUGAGAGUGAAACGUAAUUUUGGACGGUGGUAAAUCAAUCGGAUUGUCUACCGGGAAGCAGCCCAAGAUGAUGAUUCGUCGUCCUGAUACGGCGAAUGGGUGACAGACACGAGGCUCGUGAUCCGCCGCGGGUUCACGGUGUUUUUCAGCGACGGGGGAACCAUGUGAGGCUACGACCAUGAGGUGUGGCGGUCAGAGCGGUGUCUGGACAGCAAUCGUGAUCGUACUGACAAUUGGUAGCAGGGUCGGGAAAGUUGGCCCGCGACCAGCCGAUGGCGAGGCUGCACACCUGACAUCGCCCAAAGAAAGGUUGGAAACCGUGCGACAGGUUCUCACCGAGGUGCCACUGAUCGACGGCCACAAUGACCUCCCAUGGAACAUACGAAACUUCGUCCACAACCAGCUGGCCGAGUUCGAUUUCGACAAGGACCUACGACAGGUCGCGCCCUGGAGCAAAAGCGCCUGGAGUCAGACAGAUCUGGUCAGGCUUCGCCAAGGCAUGGUCGGCGGCCAGUUUUGGGCUGCUUACGUGCCGUGCGAGUCGCAGCAUCUCAACGCGGUCCAGCUGACUCUGGAGCAGGUGGACCUCAUUAAGAGGCUUAUAGAGAAGUACUCGCAACACAUGCAGUUCGCUGCGUCCUCGAGGGAGAUUCUGGAGGCUCACGGAAAAGGCAGAAUAGCCUCUCUGAUUGGGGUGGAGGGUGGACAUAGUCUAGGAAGUAGUUUAGCUGUUCUAAGAACGCUGUAUCAACUCGGUGUACGGUAUCUCACUCUUACGCACACUUGCAACACACCGUGGGCGAAGAGUUCGUCGGUGGAGGAUGAAGACGAGGAGCGAGGCGGUCUGACGGCGUUUGGGAAAACGGUGGUCCAGGAAAUGAAUAGGCUGGGAAUGCUGAUAGACCUUAGUCAUACAGCGAGAGCCACCAUGAGGGAUGCUUUAAGGGCCAGCAGAGCACCUCUCAUUUUUUCUCAUUCCUCGGCGUUUGCCAUUUGUAAUUCCACGAGAAACGUUCCCGACGAUAUUUUGAAGCAGCUGGCUGCUAACGGUGGAUUAGUAAUGGUGACGUUUUAUAAUUACUUCGUGAAAUGUGGCUCUGAGGCAACCGUCUCGGAUGUCGCCGAGCAUAUUUAUUACAUUACAAACUUAAUUGGCGUGGACCACAUCGGCGUCGGCGGCGAUUUCGAUGGUAUAAACAAAACGCCCCGAGGGCUCGAGGAUGUUUCGAAGUAUCCGGAAUUGUUCGCCGAACUUCUACGAAGCGGGAAAUGGAACGUGCUCGACUUGAAGAAAGUCGCCGGUCUGAAUCUACUGAGGGUCCUCCGACAGGUGGAGCGAGUCAGGGAUGAUAUGAGAACAGCAGGGAUGACGCCAGCCGAGGAGUAUCUGCAAGAUUCGCCUGAUACAACCGGCAGCUGUGCGCUCGAUAUCAACUCGGUACAGAGAGUCAUGGAAGUUUGACUGUUCUACCAAUAAUGUCUUUGAUUUCUCGAUGGCGUGUAAAUUACUUUUCGACGUGUUCCCUCCCUGCCGUCCCUAUGCUCAAAGAAAAAACGGGCAGGUUUAAAAUACUUAGACACAUACGUCGAAGUCGGGGAGAUCCUAGGGUCUAGCAGAACGAGCGAAUUUAAGGGUAGAGGGCUUCCCUUUGCUUGAUCCUUGCGCGCCAGCAAAGUCUGUCCCUUUUAGAUGCUCAAUCAGGAUAAUGUCGUAUGUGAGAGAAAAAAGAAAACAUGAAGAACCUACCUCGAACGAAAUGCACAGCUUCAAAUCGUCUAAUUUGCUCGACAGUAGGUCUCCUAUUUUAACAGCACAGACAGCUAUUUUUUAACGAACGUUUUAUCAAAUCAUCUUACCAAAAAGAUUUAUAAUUUAGGAAAUACAAAAGUUUUCGUGACCAAGUCAUCAUGAGUUUUGCAUAAAUGUAUUCAAACUGCAAACUGUUUUACGAGUUACGAUUUUUGUUACCUUUCGGAGAAUUGUAUAUACAUUCUUAUGUUUAAAUUAUUAUAUUUAUUAAAUAUUGUAAUAUAUCGUGUUGCGUUUAUUGAGAAAAUAAUUUGUAUUAAAGAUCAGGCUGUAUCCUUUAAUCUGAUAUUGUACAUGUACAUUGUAUAUUCAUUAGUGUGUACUUAAAAAUAUUGUUGUACCAUGAACUAACGAAUUUGUUCUCGGACCGAUUAAUUACGAAACGAAAACACUUCACUAAAUGUAUUGUAUCUCAUUGAAAAACGACAGACUCCACAAAAUGAAGAUUAGCCAGGCAAAAUGAUCAAUAAUUGAUAGUUUUUCAUCGAAACAAAUAAAGAGAACAUACUACGACAAUAUAGAAAUUCUUCUAUACCAUGUCAUUUCUCUGUACUACAAAAAAAAAAGAAAACCAAAUAUUGUGUCAACCUGGCUGUGUAUUUUCAUACGUCUUCCUUCCUUCGUUGCACCGAAAGAUAUGUACGUUGUAUGCGUUUUAGCGUUAAAAAUUCAAGCGCAAGUUUCCGGAAGAAUAUGAUUUAAAAAGAUAAAUAAACGUUACUGUACUUAAUCGUUGGAGUAUGAAAAGUUCCCGAAGGAAAACAUAUCUGAUCUAAAAAUUAGAAACAAAAGAAUAAAUGUAUUCAAGAAGCGAGUCCUGUUGUUAGCAAUAUAAAGAGGAAAUCUGUGUUAUAGAGAGAAAUAACGCUUUUCACGAUACAAAAAGAUCUUAAGUCAAAGUUGCUCACUGAAAACGUCGAUAGAAUUUAAACGGAAACGAAAAGUAAACGUGUAUGCGUGUUUCUCAACGUGUUGUACCGGGUGUUAAUCUAUCACAUACAUAUAUGCAUCCGAAUUUUCCUCGAUGGAAUGCAUCGUCUAAUGUCUUCAACAAUUUCGUCGGAAAUUGCUGGGGUCGAUCCGAAUUGAAAGGAAUUCGUUUUCUUAUUCUGACCAGAAUUCACCCCUGCGAUUUUCGGGCGACACCGCUCACCUAUCUGUGUCUCGUGUGCACUUAUUAAGCGAUUCAUGCGAGAAUCAGAUCUUCGUUGAUAAAAAAAAGAAUAACAAUGUGUAACUGACGAAGAUAAUCGCAUGGAUCGCAUCUAACUCCUAUAACGAGGAGCAAGUAAGGAACUUUAGAAUAUCAAUGAAUUCCGUUGUACCUUCACAACGGAUCCUAUGAAAUAAAUGUUUCUAUUGUACACUUGUCA